AUAUGUGACAGUUGAAUUCUGAAGACGGGUCUUGAAAAUGUUUGACUUUGACCCUCUGGAGACUCAAGACAUCAAGAAGAAGGAAGUGAUAUGGAAUGAGUGGAUGUAUGGAGGGGAGGGGGACCCGAACUUCCAACCAAUCGCUCUUGACUUACACACAGCGGCUUCUCUGGGACUCUACGAUGCUGUGAGGGAUCUUCUCAAAGCAGAAAAAGGAGGCUGCAAGACACUGUCUUGCAAGAACGUGGGCGGUUGGACUCCACUAAUGUAUGCUAGCUACAUUGGACAUGACACAGUGCUGGAUCUGCUGCUGGAGGCAGGGGCGGAUGUGGCCACUGUGAACAUGAAGGGAAGGACUGCCCUCACGUUGGCCUGCUGCUGUGGAAACGAGGCUGCUGCUUACACACUUCUGCAGGCUGGUGGUGAGAUAGAAGCCGCAGACUACAGAGGCAAGACAGCCCUGUUCCACGCAGUCUCCAACGGACACAACUCCCUCACCCGCUUCAUGUUGGAGUCGGGGGCCAACCCGAAUGUGAAGGAGAGGCUGCACGGAUACACUCCUCUGAUCGAGGCGGCCAUCGAGGACCAGCAGUUAAUUGUGGGGGCACUACUCGAGUUCGGUGCUGACUGGAAGCCGAAGCUGUUGAAUGGACACUCUGCCCGGACAUUGGCCGUGAAGUACAAGAAUCUGACGGUGGUGGAGAUGAUUGACAGGAAGAUAAACGACAAUCUCAGGCGACAAUCUAACGCUGCUCGUAAGAAGCCGGAAGAUGAAAAUCUGCUCAAGUUGCGAGGCAGUGAGUACAGACGGAACAGUUCUGGGUCGGUGCCUCUAAUCAACAAGGAAGCAGUUAUGCCCCCCUGUGCCAAGUCACCCAGCAUCCACGAGGGACCGAUGAGCUUCGCCAAAAUCAUGAACCAGUCGGGAAAUUCAAAAAAAGAGCGGUUUGAGAAGAACACUGAGGAGAAUGAAGCUACCAUUAAGAAUCCGGACUGUAGCUGGAAUGCAAGUGGCAACAGUACCUCGGCUGCUCCCAGAACCACAGUCGUAUCCAUUUCCAACUCAGCCAAGAUGAUCAGGUCCAAUUCUGUGCAGGGUGACAUGCAGAGCCAGGCGAUGAAACAGACAGCACUCGAGGGGAGGGCAGAUUGUGGAAGCAGUGGCGCCGGGGGCAGUAACAACAAUGUGUUCAAGGCAUCCAGUGACAGACUGCAGGAGGUGGUCGUACAGGAUCCUCGACUGGCCAAUCGCAGUGGAGGUGGAGUGGGUGGUGGUGCUGUUAAGGAUGACAGUGGUGGACAACAGGCCACUGCCGUCUUCUUUCCGUACAUACAGAACUUGCAAUUGAAUCCUUCGCUCCAUAAAGAGUGGAAAGAUUAUUUGCAGCAACAACGUCAAACUCCAAGAACUUCUCAUACGUGUGAACACUCGGAGGCAUCUUUCACGGCGGCAGCAAAUUUGCCUGAGAUCGCUAUUGAAGUGACAGGCGAAGUCGAACACGAGAAUGUCUCAGGAGCUAAUAGACACAUCAUGGUACCCAAUGGAUCCAACCCGCCAAUCAGUCAGUACCAACCAAACCAUGUAGGCCAGGGUCAACAGUCGGUCAGUCAGAAGCCAGUCGUUCCCCAGUCGUUGUCAGAACUGCUGGACCAGAUACAGUGCUCCAAAUGGCUGUCCAAGUUCCAGGCACAGGAUGUGGAUAUCGGCGUGUUCUAUACAAUGACCGACCAGGAUUUAAAAGAGAUCGGAAUCAAUCUGCUAGGUCCUCGUAAAAAGAUGACAGCUGCCAUUGGUAGACACCUGCACAACGUUCCUCUCACUCUCUCAUCGGUAGUGGAGCAAGCAUAUGUGAACAAACUCAUCGCAGACCUUGACGAUUCUAACAGACAACUCAGUCAGGCAAAUGCGAUCAACGCUGAAUUGAAGAUCCAGUUAGCUCAACAGACUGGACAAAUGGAACUUCUAGAACAGAAGACGAAGGCUCUUUUAAUCAAUACUAGCAGCAUUAACUCUCCAAAUGGACAGAAGAUGGACAUGGUCAAACAGCACAUCCAGAACUCGCUCAAUACUCUAAUCAAGAUCAGAAAUGCACAGCAGAAUGGAGGAGGAGCGAAUAACGGACAAACUGCGUUCAACGAGUUGGACGCUUUGUGCAAAAAACUAUCGAUGGUAGUAAAUCAUCUAUAAUCCCCAAUAGAAAACUGCUAAGAUUAUCCAAGAGAUUCUUGGUCAUACUACUCAAAUUUGAAGAGAAAAACAUGAAUUAUUUAAUGGUAUUACAUUCGAAAAGAUCGACUGUUUAAGUUAUAGAAUCCUCACUACUGUGCCUAUGAUUUCGAUCCAGGUGUCUUUUAUCUAACUCAACCGUGCUAAUCGACAGUGCCUUGAACUCAUACGGUCGCUUACUUAAUCUAAUCGAAUUGUGCCUUUGUGUUUUAUUUGCAAUUUAUUGGAUCUAUCUAUCCAAGGUAUAGAUCACGUUAGAAUUAGAUAGUUUAGUUUAUCAUUACAUAGAUGUAGAUCAUCUAUGAUGUAUUAUAUAAUGAUUUGAAGUUUGUGCAUCUCAGUGAUAAUUCACAUUUUUGGAACAAUUUUUUGAUAGUUGC